AUGACACCCGCGGCAGAUAUCCCGCAGGCGAAGAGACCCGCCACCGGCGGAGAGGACGCAGAGCGCCAGUCGACAGCAAGGGUCACAGAUCAAGGCGGCGGACCGGCGACGCCAACCGAGGAGCAGUUAACCGCGACCCAGCAGUUUUUGGCCAGGAUAGCGGCAGGUCAGGAGACGCUCGCCGGGAUGAAACGGCGCAGGAAGCAGGAGCUGAAGGCCGCACGCGAGAAGAAUCCCCGACCGGACUUGGACCAGUUCGAGACGCGUGCCGUGUUCCAGAAGAGGGCCAAGAAAGGCAAAGACCGGCUGGGGCUGAGACGGGUGUCGCGGAAGAAAUGCCGGGUGAAGAAGCCGAAGCGAAGUGGGUGCUUCGUGAUAGGCGGACCCAAAUAG